UUUUUUCAUUUUUUUUCUAAUAAAGAUUUAUCAAAAGGGAGUUCAAAUGAGAUUUAUACAAAUGAGACCAAGGUAAAACCCUGGGGUUGAACUAAUAGGAGAUACUUUUCAUAGACAUUAUUUGUAAUGUGAAAGAGACCAUUUUCUGCUUCAUCUUCUGGGUCAGAGCACCUCAGCAGGCUAGGCGGGCAGGAGGUAAUGAAUUCAGCCAGCCUCCCGUCAGUCAGCGCAGAUAGCAUGCCAAAUAGCAUGGAUUAUCGACCACAGCCAAAGAGCCACCCUCUUAAUCGCGCUACGCUCUCUGUCAAGCAUCCAUUCAAGCCGUGAGCUUACACCGAGGCUGAGCUCAGGAUUGUACCAGGAGUCUUUUAGGAUCACCUCUUCUCCUCCUUGUUUCCUCUCGGGCGGGGAUAUUUCCUUCGGGAAUAGAAGAUAGCAAGACUUCUGUCUUCACCAUUCUUCAAGAUCUUUCAUCACAACACGGACAUGUAAAUACUCCUCAGGUCUGUCUAUGUAUUUGGAUAAUGGUUAUCCCAUCACAAUCAUCCUGGAGUCUGAGUGGUGGAGAAGCCUGAUAAGGUUUUGGGAGGCAGGCUAUCUCCGACCCCCCUGGGAGAGCUGUGGUCAACUGAUCUAGGUCCCUCUGGAGGAAUUGUUUACAUCACUUUUUGUCUGAGCUGCCAUCCUUAUCUAUCCCAGGGGUCUACUCUGACCCACUCAAACCCACUCUGGUCUGGAUGACCAUUGGACAGCCAGUAUCUCUUGACUGGACAUUACUGGUUUUAGUGUGCUAUUGUGCUGUACUUAUUAAUCGUCACUCCAAAAAUAUGCCUAAUCGUGGAACCAUAAUCUUUGACUUUUGAUGUCUCGGAGAUGAUAACAUUCUGAAUUGAGAGGCACACAAUAGGACUUGUGGUUUAGCUUUGAAGAUUGAAGUCAGACUAUUUUCAUGUCUGCUGUCUGACUUGUAUAGUAUCUAUUCAGCUUGGCUCCAGUCAGUCCAUGUUUACUUUGUGUGCACACAGCUCAGAGGCACACAAUGAGGUUUGGAUACAUCCAUGGAUGGGAUGACUCUGCUAGCUCUGUGCUGCUUUCAUUUGGGAGUUUGAGAGCUUAUUCGAUAAUCUACCUUGACUAUGAACUAGACAGUUAUCGCCAAUUCUAGAUCAACUCAUUCUUGAAUCUUGCCUUAAAUCGUGGAACAUUCUACAGCUAGGAUACGUUUUAUAUGAUUGGAUUUUUAAAUCAACUUUCUUACGCUGCUGCUCUAGAAAAAAAGAAGCCACCACCAUCUUCAUCUUUAUCAAACAGUGGAGUCUUGUCAUGUACAAAGCUUUGAUCUGUUCUCUGUGUGGAUAUCAUCCUAUUGCAAUGGUUGGCUGAUAUAGUCGUUCUCAUGAGAGGUUUCCCAGUGGAUGAUAUAUAACUUUUACUCUUCGGUUAAUUUAUCAGUGUCACCAUGGUGAUUUGUGAAUUUUGUGCAAAGCAGCAGAAGCGGAGGAGAGAUAACUUCCCUUCUGACACGAUCCAGUCACGUCCUCUACCCAGUACCCCAACCCAUGCUACAUCACCAGAUAUCGCUGGAUGGAACUCAACUGAAGAUGUCUGCGGUGGUGACGAGCACGAUCCUGACCUCUUUGUGGUCCUCUACGACUUCAACGGCGGUGUCGAGAACCAGCUCACUGUCAGAAAGGGUGACCAUGUCCGGAUCCUUGGCUACAACAAGGGCGGAGAGUGGUGCGAGGCGAAGAAGCUCAAGAACGGUAAGACGGGUUGGGUGCCCGUGACGUACGUCACCCCCUUCAACAGCCUGGAGAAGCACUCCUGGUACCAUGGUCCUAUCUCUCGCAACGCGGCAGAGUAUCUCCUCAGUAGCGGCAUCGACGGCAGCUUCCUGGUCCGAGACAGUGAAAGUAGUCCCGGUCACAGGUCGAUAUCCCUCCGCUUCGAUGGUCGGGUGUACCACUAUAGAAUCAGCAGUGGUUCGGAUGGAAAGGUAUUUGUCACGACGGAGAGCAAAUUCAGUACCAUCGCCGAGCUGGUGCAUCACCACUGCAAGCAAUCGGACGGCCUCAUCACGACGCUGCGCUACCCUGCAGCCAAGAUGCAGAAACCCAUCAUCUAUGGCGUGUCCCCACUGCCGGACGAGUGGGAGAUCGAGAGGACGGACAUCUCCAUGAAGAAUAAGCUGGGAGGGGGCCAGUAUGGGGAGGUGUAUGAAGCCAUCUGGAAGAAACAUAACAAGAUUGUUGCUGUCAAGACACUCAGGGAAGAGAACAUGAGAGUGGAUGAGUUCCUAAGAGAAGCAGCGGUGAUGAAGAACGUCAAGCAUCCAAACCUUGUUCAGCUAUUAGGUGUAUGCACAAGAGAGCCUCCCUUUUACAUCGUAACAGAAUUCAUGCCGUAUGGCAACCUGUUGGAAUACCUGAGAGACAACGACGAGACAUCACUGCCGGCUGUCACGUUGCUCUACAUGGCGACGCAAGUUGCGUUUGGCAUGAGCUACUUAGAGAAAAAUAGUUUUAUUCAUAGAGAUUUAGCAGCAAGAAACUGCCUACUAGGUGAGCACCACCUACUAAAGGUUGCAGACUUUGGUCUAGCCCGGAUGGUCCAGGGUGAGAUCUACACAGCUCAGGCUGGGGCUAAGUUCCCCAUCAAGUGGACCGCUCCAGAGAGUCUGGCCUACUACAAGUUCUCCAGCAAGUCUGACGUAUGGGCGUUUGGGAUCCUCCUGUGGGAAAUCGCGACCUACGGGUGCUCCCCCUACCCUGGUGUGGACCUCCAGCACGUCUAUGGCAAGCUGGAGCAGGGCUACAGGAUGGAGAGACCCGAAGGCUGUCCUACGGAUGUCUACAAGCUCAUGCACAAGUGCUGGGAGUGGAGACAUACCGACAGGCCCUCAUUCACUGAGAUCCAUGAAGAGAUGAACAACAUGUUCCAGAACAGCAGUAUCAGCGAGGAGGUGGAGAAAUCCCUCCACAGAAGAGGGAAGGAUCCUCCUACCCUGCCGGCCAAGAAGAAGAGCGUCAGGAGAGGGCAGCCGACCAACGAUGUGGAGCCUCCUCCAAGGAGCAAGGAAACUCACCCUAUUGUGGAUGCAGUAAAAACCUCCACACCUCCCGCAUCACCGGAAGUUUCAAGAAAAAAGCCACCUUUUUUAAUAAAGAACCUUCGCAAGAAAGAUGCCCCUAAGAAGAAGGAGCCGGAGAAACGGAACAGUUUUCCAGCGGACGAUGACCUGAAGCACCACAUGGACCACAAGAACUCCCCAAGCUAUCAGAAAGAGAACGGAGUUCCCAAAAUGCUUGGUGAUAUCUUAGGACCUGAAUUUAACCGUGUACCGCCUGGGACAUCACGUAAUGGUGAUGGUGGCUCAGAAGGGCAUGAUAGUGUGAACCCUGGCUUUGGACAUAGAACGGCCCUGAGACCUCCUGGAAGUGGGGGAGGGGAUGGGAAGAAGUCAAAGCCAUCAAGAAUAGCCAAGGAGAAGAAACCUAGUCCAGAGGAUAUUAUAGAUGCUAGUGAAUCAUUCCCUAUCCCCGGAUCGCCCACAAGUCCGAUGUUAGAUCGUACAAACAAGAAUCCUGUGGUUAGAGAGGACAAUGGACAUGUGGUGGGAAAGCCUGCUUUGAAACCUCUUCCUGCAAAACCUAGUAAACCGACCCACUGGCCGGAAAAUGGUGGACAUGACAAUUCCAAAGAGCCUCUUGGGAAAACUAAAUCACUACCUUUCUAUAACCCAGAGCACGGAGACCUAGUGGAAUCGCCAGACAAUGACAGUUUCAAAGAAUUGCCAACAUCUCCAACGGGUCGUAGUCGAGACAAGCGAAAAGACAUUGUGAGACCGUCGGUUCCUCCCCCUGCGCCACCUGCUAGGUUAGUCAGUCCUGUUGAAUCCCCAACCACCCCUAGCCCGAGGGGUUCACCAUCCAGAUCUUUUGUGAACAGUAAACCACAAAUCAUGGGGGCAAAGCCUGUUAUCAAAGGACCAAAGCCAGUCAUUACCAGCCCCAAACCUGAAAUUACUAUCCCCAAGUCAUCACACAAUGUGAACCCCAGUGUCAAGCUACGGGCUGAUAAGCGCGGAUCGGUCAGGAAGCGUGGCAUUUCGCCCAUCAAGAAUGACUCUUCUGUAGGGCAGGGUGGGAAAGCAGAGGUCUUACAGAUGGCCGAGAUGCUCUACGCUCAGACCAACAUGCUGGUCCAGAACGGCGAAUACAGCAAAUACAGCAGCGAACUGUGCUCAGAGUUGGACAACUUCUUCAAGCAGUGCACCAGGCAUGUGGACUCCGUCAUGGUCAAGGCGCGCUUCUCGUUCCGGGAAAUUCUGAACUCUCUUGAGUCGAACACGACGUUGCUGAGAGUCCGUUGGUCUUCCGCUUCCAGCAGUGAGCUGGAGAGAAUAAUUAAGGACUUGCAUGCAAAUGUGUACGUCAUACGUGGCAUCGUGCAACGGUAGCUUGACAAUGGAACUCUUCAAUUGGACAUGGCUAAUAAUUAAAACUCAAGAUAAUCACCUGCCAAUAAUCUGUCGUGCUGAGGAAAAGGAUCAACGGUCAAAAAUGUAUUGCAUGUGAGAUAAUAGUUGUAUAAAAUUGAAAUGGUAUUAUGAAGAUGCAAUUCAACUGCCCCCCCCCCC